AACAACAUCCAUGUGUGGGUUGUGUCUGAUAACAACACUGCAGUGUCUUACACUAAUUCUAUGGGAGGUUGUAGAUCUUUAGAAUGUAACUCCAUUGCUAAGGAUAUUUGGGAUUGGGCUAUUGACAAAGAUAUUUGGUUAUCAGCAGCCCAUAUUCCAGGAUCAAGCAAUACUGAUGCUGAUCAGUUACCUCUGAAUUUGAAUUUGGAUCUGGAAUGGAUGCCUUCCGCUCCGAUUUUUCAGAGGAUAGUAGCUUUAUUUGGCAAACCAGAUUUAGAUCUAUUUGCUAGUAGACUUAAUGCUCAGGUGGAGGAUUAUGUUUCCUGGAAACCACAUCCAAUGGCAAAGUUUGUAGCUGCUUUUACCAUUGAUUGGUCACAAUUUUUCUUCUAUGCUUAUCCUCCAUUCUGUCUUGUUUCAAGGUGUGUACAGAAAAUAAUUCACGACCAGGCAUCAGGAAUUCUAGUAAUUCCCUUGUGGACAACUCAGCCUUAUUUUACGGCUGUACUGAGCCUACAAACAGAAACGCCUCGUGUAUUCAAUGCUUCAGUUCAGAAUCUGGUUCAUCCAACCCUGGACAGUCCCCAUCCCCUACACCAACGACUGCAGUUGAUGGCAUGCAAGUUAUCAGGCGAGCCUUGCAAGAGUCUGAGAUUUCGCCAGACAUUGUCGACAUCAUCAUGCAUUCAUGGAGAGACAGCACUCAGAAACAAUAUAAAGUGUAUAUCAACAAGUGGCUGCAAUUUUGCUGUGAAAGAAAGAAUGAUCCGUUGCAUCCCACUGUAACGGCUGUACUCUUUUUUCUGCACAGUCUUUUCAAGAGUGGCUUGACCUAUUCUGCGUUGAAUACAGCUCGGUCUGCGGUCUCUAACAUUGAUAUGAGUGAUAAUGAUGCUCCGUCUCACACACCU